AUGGCUUGGCUAAACACCUUGCUGGGUACCGACAUCACUCUCGCUGACACCCAUGUGGCGCAGCCUCCAAGGUCAAGCCUCAGGAACGGACAAGGCGGCGCUGAAACUAGUUUUGAACAAGAAUUGGCUCGAUUGAGAGACGAGUUAACGAGGGAGAAACGGCGCGCGGAGCAGGCGGCGCAAGAAGCAGCCAUACGAGAGCAGAACGAACGGAGGCGCACGGAGAAGGAGUAUCGUCAAGCGAUAGAGCACAGAGAUCGCUGGAAGGAUGAAGCGUUCAGGCUGCAUGACGUUGCAACUGAUACCGAGAAAAAGAGAGAUGUCGCCGUGAGGCAGCUCAACGAGGUAUACUUGCAGUAUGAUAUCGCCAGGAAAGAUUUGGAUCACGUUAGCGUCAAAUACAAUGCCGCCAUGAAAGAGAUCGAGCAACUGCGCCGUCAGCUCGAUGCUGCAAAUCAAGAGCGGGAGUCGUUGAUUAAGCUUUCUGAGACACGUCGACUGGAGACGGAGGCUGCACUGACAUAUUUCGACACCUCCGGCGCUGCAUCCGAACACGACGUAGUUUGCUGCAUCCGCAAUUUGAACGCGGAGAUGUUUCAGGCUGUGAAGGGAAUAUCCGAUUCCUUCUUAGCCGGGCCACCUGUAGGCUCACUGUCGCGUGCUGAGGGACGCGUGAAGGGGAUCGUAGGAAAACCGAUAUUGCAGCUUCUACGCAGGUUCCAUCGCCAUCGAGAUGACAUAUUCAUCGUCGAGAUCGCCAGUCAAGCAAUCAUUUCCUUUAUUGUUCAAGUGAUUGCGUCGAGUUGGGAUCUCACAAAGCCAGAAGAUGCUCUAUUCGGCCUUGUUUAUGACAACAUGCUCCUUAAAGAAUGUCAAAGUGUCGCUGGGCGAUGGAGAGCGCUCUCCAGAAAACAUCUGCGGCUCCUCAACGAGGAAGACAGUAAAGAAGAUUCCUUAACAAGGUUUCUCCAUGAGCAUCUAUCCAGUGUCCUUCUCAUCGCGGGAGGUAGCGGUGAGGUAUCCCAGAAGACCACCGAAAGUCUACGCGUCAUCGUACGGUCCGCACUCAACCUCCGACAUAGUAUAAACGAAAGAAUCACGGAGAGCGAGUACGUUGUGACAGUGGGCCACUUCGACGGCGAGUUCUCUCCAGAAGAGAUGGAAGACGCGUUCGCUGUUAAAGGCAAGGCGACGAAGGAAAAUGAGCGUGUCGCAUGCGCCCAUGAACUUGGCCUCACACGACUGGAGGCGGAAGGUGGUACGGCGGGCGUUCUCAAGGAGGUCGUCCUUGUGAAGCCGACGGUAGUUCUGAUUAGUCUCCUGAAUGAGCUAGCCUUGAGUGAAUAA